CAAACUGCGAUGUCCAGUAAUGGAAAAUAGUGCUCAUCAUGCAUUUUGGGCGGAUGCUAGAAAUAUUUUGCGGAAUAUGAGAUUUGUACACAAAAAGACACACAAAAUAGUAACAUCGGUGCCGACACUUCAAAAUUGGUUUUUAACUAUACACGCAUUUCAGAAAAUUUGGAAAAAACUAAAUUCAACGUAUGGAUUUCUAAAUUGUAAAACGCGUUAUUGUAACCAGGACCCAAUCGAAAAUUUUUUUGGUCAAAUUCGAAGUCAUGCUGUUCGUCAUACAAAUCCUACACCACGUCAGUUUGAAUAUUCAUUCAUCACUCUAUUGGUCAACAAUAUGAAAUCACUUUCAAUUAUUGGUAGUAAUUGUGAAAUCAUCAAAGAUGAUUUUAUGUUAUUUUCAUUGGAAGAGUGUUUAAAAACUGAUGUUGCAAACGACGAACCGCUUGGUAUCGAUCGCAACGAUAGUAUUUGUGAUGAGCCACAUGACUUGGUUACUGAUAAAGUUGUUUGCGAAAAUUCAAUUACCGCUUCAUUAUCCGAACACAUGGAAGAUGUUAUUACUACUAUAUUAAAAAAAAUUAAAUAUUGUGAACAAUGCGAUAACAGUUUUAAAAAUAGUGAAUUUAUAGUUUGCGCAAGACAAAUAAUAAAUAUGUUGACUAAAUUAUUAAAAACAAGAGCACAUCGACGUAAUAUCUUAAAAACGUUAUUACAAUAUUUUGAUAAUUGGAACAUUGAUUUAAGUUGGCAUCGAUGCACCGACCACCAUAAUGACAUUUUUAAAACAAUGGUGCGUGUAAUAGCGGUAAAGGUUUUAACAUGGUGGUGUACAAGAAAAAAUAUUUUAAUAGAUAAUGAAGUAGAAAAUACUUUAAUUUGUGAAUUAGAUUGUAGUAAAGAUAUUGUGUAAAUGAAACGAAUGCGUGAGAAAUGUAAACAGGAAAAAUGUGACAGGAAACACAAAUUACAAAAUUAUAGGGAUUCAGUAAGGAAAAGAAUAAAAAAAUAGAUUAUGUUGUAUGUUCCAUGUAGAAUCUAGGCUAAAAUAAUACUUUUUGCAAUAUAUUAUUUACAGAUUAUUUCUAAAGGAUGUAUUAUUAAU